AUGGCUAUUAGAGAUCAGGGUAAAGUUUGCCCGCCGCCGGAGGAAGAAAUUACGAACACGGCGACAUCAGUACAGGCAGUGGAAGAGCUAUUGAAAUAUCGAUUUAAGAAUACGAAACUUCUAGAAGAAGCUCUUACUCACUCUUCCUGUCCUAAUUUAAUUACUAAUUACCAGCGGCUAGCAUUCGUCGGCGAUGCCGCUCUUGGGUUAGCUAUUUCCAGUUAUUUCUUCAUGACUUACCCUGAUGUUGACUGUGGUAAGCUCACUGACCUUCGUUCUGCCAAUGUAAGUACGGAAAAGCUUGCUAGAGUUGCCGUCCGGCACGGCCUCUACAAGUACCUCCGCUGCGAUUCGGCAAUCCUCGAUGAAAAGGUGAAGGAAUUUGUGAUAACAGUGCAACAGGAGGAGGAGAUGGAGUUCUAUGGAGGAAUGAUAAAAGCACCAAAGGUUCUUGCAGACAUUGUGGAGUCGGUAAUGGGGGCUGUAUAUUUGGAUUGUGGCUUUGAUGUGAAUGCUGUCUGGGUGAUCUUCAGAGGCCUACUAGAGCCUAUUAUUAUGCUGAAUGCGUUGGAAGAACAACCACGGCCUGUAACAAUGUUGUUUGGACUUUGCAAAAAGGAUGGAAAACAAGUUGAUGUAGAACAUCGGAAAGAGGGAGAUAAAAACAUAGCUAGCGUCUAUCUUGAUGGACAAUUUAUUGCAUCAGCUUCGUCUGAGCACAAAGAAAAUGCAAAGCUUCAAGUGGCAAAAGCUGCUCUAAAAGAGUUGUUCUAUAACCCUUGUGAUAAGAUGGAUGUUGAAUUUGUUCCAUUCCAGAGAAAAAAGAGGGAUGUUGAAUCUAUAACAUUUCAGAAAAAAAAGAUGGAUGUUGAAUCUAUAACAUUUCAGAAAAAAAAGAUGGAUGUUGAAUUUGACCCAACAAAAGAGUGUGAAGGAGCAAAGCAGAAGCUGAACGGGCUUUGCCAGAGAGAGAAAUGGCCCAAACCAACUUACAGAGUAGAGAAAGAGAUAGGUCCUGCUCAUGAUAGGAGGUUUAUAUGCUCUGUGCAAAUUAUAAUUGCUGAAGGCAUGCUUUUUGUGAUGGGGGAUGAAAAGUCAGGAGUAAAAGAUGCAGAGAAUUCUGCAGCUUUAGCAACUAUCCGAAGUUUGCAGGAAUCAAAGUUCAGUUGAUUUAUACAUAGUUCCACAUUCCAAUUCCAGGAUGAAGCAGGUAGCAGGGUUCGUUUCAACUUGGAAAUAUAUCUUACUCAGGUUCUCUCUUGAUUCAUGCAAUAAUCAUAUUUCGUGCAAUAAUCUCAUUAACCACCGAUGUAUGACUUUUUCAUUCUUUAACAAAUACCAUAUAGAAAAAAUGAACCUUGGGCCUAGAGCAACCCCAAAGGUAGGU